AUGCAGAGCUAUUUUUAAGAGAAAGAAGCUCUAGUCGACAUCUUGGCUUAAGUUAAAGAUGUGAAUGAAAAAAUCUUUGGGGUCAUAUUAGAAAUAUUAAGAAAGAAAUAACUUAAAGACUGCAUAAGAUUUCUAUCAGAUUUUGAGAUUUAGAGAUAAUCAGAUGGAUAAAUUUUACUACAAGUUGGAAAUUUCAUCGCAGCUGAUACAGAAUAGAAAUUAUCUAUUAUUUACAAUGACAUCAAAUUAAUUACAAAUGUAUUAAAAAAAUUAAAUGAUCACGACUUCAAUUACUUAGAUUUUUCCUCUUAAGAAAAUGAAGAAUCGAAACUAAGUCUAAUUUAAAGAAUCAAGGAUAAUAGAUGGAUCAUUAAAUUUUUGUAAUUUUUAGUUUAACUCACAUCUAUAGAUGAAACUUUUAUACAAUGUGGGUCUAAUUCAUUACAUAUAUUAGUUUAGAUGAAGGUAGCCCUCAGAAACAAAAAUUUUGAAAAUAUUAAGAUCUAAAAUACUUCUUUAGUAGGAGCUAAUUUUGCUAUGUGUAAUUUUAGUGGAUCCUAAUUUAAUAACGUCAACAUAAGUGGAUUAAAUCUAAGUGGAGCAUUAUUAUUUAAUUGUAAAUGGAAAUAAUUAAAAAUCCUUCAAUUAAAUCAAUUAAAUGGUCAUACUCGAUCUGUUUAAUCAGUCUGUUUCUCUCGUGAUGGAAAUAUAUUAGUUUCUGGUAGUUAUGAUAAGUCUAUCCGCCUAUGGGAUAUAAAAACAGGGUAAUAAAUAGCCAAAUUGGAUGGCCAUAGUAAUACUAUUAGAUCAGUCUGCUUCUCUCCUGAUGCAAGAACCUUAGCUUCUGGAAGUGCUGAUGGGACUGUCAUAUUAUGGGAUGUUAAAACAAGAAAGAAAAAAGUCAAACUAUACGGUCAUACUCAAUCUGUUUAAUAGGUCUGUUUCUCUUCCGAUGGAAAUACAUUAGCUUCUGGUAGUGAUGAUAAGUCUAUCCGUAUUUGGGAUGUCAAAACAGGAUAAUAAAAAGCCUAAUUGGAUGGUCAUUGUGAUGCUGUUAGAUCAGUCUGCUUCUCUCCUGAUGGAAAUACAUUAGCAUCUGCUAGUUUUUACGAUAUUCGUUUUUGGAAUGUCAAAACAGGAUAAUCAAAAACCAAAUUAAAAGAUCAUACUGGUACUGUUCUCUCAAUCUGUUUCGCUCCUGAUGGAAAUACAUUAGCUUCUGGUGGUAAUGAUUACUCUAUCCGUCUUUGGGAUGUUAAAACAGGAUAAUAAAAAGCCAAAUUAGAUGGUCAUACUAGCAAUGUAAACUCAAUCUGUUUCUCUCCUAAUGGAAAUACAUUAGCUUCUAGUAGUGAUGAUAAGUCUAUCCGUCUAUGGGAUGUCAAAACAGCAUAAUAAAAAGCCAUUAUGGAAGGUUAUGAAGAUUGUAUCAACUCAAUCUGUUUCUCCCCAGAUGGAAAUACAUUAGUUUCUGGUAGUAAGGAUAAGUCUAUUUGUAUUUUGGAUGUCAAAACAGCAUAAUAAUAAGCCAAAUUAGAUGGACAUAUUAGUCCCGUCUGCUCAGUUUGUUUCUCUCCUGAUGGAAAUACAUUAGCUUCUGGUAGUAGGGAUAAGUCUAUUCGUCUUUGGGAUGUCUAAACAGGGUAAUAAAAAGUCAAAAUGGAUAAUCAUAGUAAUUUAUUUUUCUCAGUCUGUUUCUCACCUGAUGGAAAUACAAUAGCUUCUGGUAGUUAAGAUAACUCUAUCCAUCUUUGGGAUGUCAAAACAGGAUAAUAAAAAGCCAAAUUAGAAGGUCAUAGUGGUACUGUCUACUCAGUCAUUUUCUCACCAGAUGGAAGUACUUUAGCUUCUGGUAGUGACGAUACCUCUAUUCGUCUUUGGAAUGUCAAAACAGGAUAAUAAAAAGCCACAUUGGAUGGUCAUAAUGAUUGUAUCAACUCAGUCUGUUUCACUCUUAAAGGAAAUUUAUUAGCUUCUGGUAGUUAUGAUAAGUCCAUCCGUCUAUGGGAUUAUAAAAAAGGAUUAUAAAAAGCCAAAUUAGAAGGUCAUAGUGGUACUGUCUACUCAGUCAGUUUCUCACCAGAUGGAAGUACUUUAGCUUCUGGUAGUGACGAUACCUCUAUUCGUCUUUGGAAUGUCAAAACAGGAUAAUAAAAAGACAAAUUAGAAGAUCAUAGUGGUACUGUCUUCUCAGUCUGUUUCUCACCAGAUGGAAAUGCAUUAGCAUCUGGUAGUAGGGAUAAGUCUAUCCGUCUUUGGGAUGUCAAAACAGGAUAAUUAAAAGUCAAAAUGGAUGGCCAUAGUAAUUUAGUUUUCUCAGUCUGUUUUUCUCCUGAUGGAAAUGCAUUAGCAUCAGGUAGUUAAGAUAACUCUAUAUGUCUUUGGGAUUACAAAACAUCAAAGGAAAUACACUAAAUAGAUACAAGUUACUAAGAUCUUCUUAUCUAUUUUUAAACAUCACUUAAGAAUAGCUUAUCAUUACCAAAUGGUAUUUAUUAUUUAUUUUUUAGUUGAUCCAGAUCGUACAAUACUUAGAAUUUGUUAGAAUCCUUAACUAGAAGCAUAAAGAACACUUAUCUUAUAAGGAGAAUUUAUCAACCAUUAAGGAAAAGAUUUGAAACCUUUAUUAAAAUCUAAAGGAAGUUAUUUUUUAGACGACCUAAAGCUCAAAUGA